AUGACCACCGGAGGUACGAACCCUGAUACCUCAGGAGAGGAGCCGGCACUCACGCCUCCUCCGCCUCCUCCCCUCCUCUCGUCGGAAUUCAUGAGUUCAGUCAUAGCCCGACUUGCUCAUCAAGAAGAAGUUCAGAAGACGACGAAUGAUCAGCUCGCCGCCAUUGUCGCUGCUCUUAGCGCCUCCACCGGCAACUCACAACCGCUCCGUCGUUACCUCUUCAAUACAAACCCUCCUACUCCGGCAGAAGGACGAACGACGAACCCAGUCGAUCCCACUCUUCAACUCGCGGAAACCCUAGCCGCCGAUGCUUCUCCUGCAGCGUCAGAUCCAUCAACUGUCCGAGAAAUCGCUGAGCUUAAACUAAAUUUCCAACAAAUGAGUUCGAGGAUCCACCAAGCAACGAGCGCAGUACCCGAGAUUGACAGUGUCAUCGCAUCAACAUCGCGUACUCCUUUCACCGAGGAACUGACGGAGGUCAAACUCCGAAAGAUGGACAAGUUGCGUCUUCCAGAAUACAAACCAGGAGGAGAUCCCGUCGAGCACUUGACGGCUUUUAAUAUUGCGGUAGCGAGGGCCACACUCGCCCCCGAUGAAAGAGACGCGGGAUACUGCCAACUUUUCAUUGAAACACUCAACGAGCAAGCCUUAACCUGGUUCUCGGGACUCGAAGAGAAUUCAAUUAGAAGCUUCAAAGAGCUCUCCUCGGCUUUUCUCAAGACUUAUAUCAUGUUCACCAAGCGUGAAGCAACGGCGUCGACUCUCUGGAACCUCAAGCAAACGAAGGAUCAGAAUCUUCGCGAUUACAUGGAACGUUUUAAGUCGGUCGUGUCAAGAAUCAAUAUCCCAGACCACAUCGCCGUCGAUGCCUUGAGGAACAAUCUCCUUGUGGAAUGUAAGUUCCGAGAAGAUCUCUAUCGAUGCACCGCCACGACGUUGCAAGAUGCCGUUGCUCGUUCUCACAACUUCAUUCGUAUGGAAGAAGACACUAAAGCCAUCAUGAGCAAGCACAACUCGGCGAAGCAAUCGGCGCCUAAAAAUGCCGCCACAGCUCACGUCGAACCUCGUCAGCAUGCUCCAAGCGACAAAAAUAACCGUAAGAACGGUCUCCUUUACGUCGUCGACGAAAACGGGAAGAAGUGGAACACCUUUCAUCGGGAAACCGAUCCUCCAAGCGAAUCCCCCCGAGCAACAGCGCCAGCCACGGUCGCCCAGGUCGAUUCGGCAGCGGGAUCUUCCCGGACCCCACCAGGGCUUACUAAAUCGUGCAAACUCCACGGUGUAAAAGAUUCCUCCUCCGAAGCCAAAAAGCGAGAACAGUUGGAGCAGAAACAAGGACAGGAAAAAUCAGCGAAAAAAUCAAGCAAAACCGCGUCAAGACGACCAAAAACCAAAGUCGCCGAGCAAAUCCCACAUCAAGACGAUGAUGGUGACGCCUCAGCUGACGAAGAUCCGCCGGCAGCCAGACAAAGGAUUGAAGUCAUUCGAGCCCAACCGGAGUCCUCAUCAGACGAAGAGAGCGAUCUCGAGGAAGCCCUCGACCCGUUGGACUUACGUGUACUCCUCAAACGAAAGACCACGCCAACGAAUGACAAGACUCCCGGAUCAUCCGAUCUCCGAGUCGAGCUCAAUGCUAAAAGAACUAAGCAUUCGCUGAGCCCAGGAUCCUCAUUGGUAACUACGGAAGGCAAUCCUAUCGUCGAUCUACGAGAUCAGCUUAACGCGCGAGUCGGUGAUUUGCGUGCAAAACUGGACCACAAAAAGGCCGGGUCGCCGAAAGAAAGCGAAGACCUCCGAGCUCUUCUCACCAGGAAGCAAUCAAGUGUCAGGCCGCGGAUCAACGUGAUUAUGGGAGGAUCUCCACCUUGCGGGGACUCCGUACGAGCAGUCAAAGAUCACCGACGAAUGGUGGACACCUCGCAGCGCUGGCCGCAGAAGUUCCCAACUGAUCUCCCAAUCUCCUUCUCAACUGAAGACCUUGUCGGAGUAACUUUCCCUCACAACGAUCCUCUCCUCGUCGUUUUAGCCAUCGAUAAGUACGACGUCACCAAAGUGCUGAUCGAUACUGGCAGCUCGGUCGAUAUCAUUUUUCGCGAAACUCUCGUAAAAAUGGGAAUCGACUUAAAAGACGUGAAACCGUCAUCCAGGACUCUCACCGGCUUUAACGGUUCUUCCGAAGUAAUCAUGGGAACUAUCCGUCUCUCGGUACAAGCAGAGGGAGUAGCACGGAUGGUCAAGUUCUCGGUAGUCAGCACCAAGGCUCCCUACCACGUGAUACUAGGCACUCCAUGGUUGUACUCCAUGCGUGCAAUCGCAUCCACGUACCAUCAGUGCGUCAAAUUCCCGGGAAUGGAUGGCACGACUAAGACAGUGAGAGGAGAUCAACGGGCCGCGCGAGAUCUCUUAAUCGCCACGGUCAAACUGCAGCGAUCUCAGUCACUAGUCAACUCGAUCUCACCUCCUAUCAGCAAGAUCUGCCCACAAAAGGAAGAGGUGCUCGAAGUCCCAGUCGACGAAUCGGAUCCAAGUAAAGUGCUACGAGUAGGCGCUUAUCUGUCGGACGAGAUGCAACGCGAUAUCACGGAUUUCCUGAAGCAAAACUUGUCUACCUUUGCCUGGUCGAUGACUGACAUGCAGGGAAUCGACCAGUCCAUCACGACUCACGAGCUAAACGUAGACCCAAAUAUUAAGCCCAUCCGACAGAAGAGACGAAAGUUGGGUCCUGAAAGAUCCAAAGCAGUUGUCGAGGAAGUCGAGCGCUUACUAAGCGCGGGCUCAAUAGCAGAAGUUCGUUACCCGGAAUGGCUCGCUAACCCGGUGGUUGUCAAGAAGAAAAACGGCAAGUGGCGCAUGUGCGUCGAUUUUACUGACCUCAACAAAGCCUGCCCAAAAGACAGCUACCCACUUCCGAACAUCGACAGAUUGGUCGAGUCAACUGCUGGCAAUGAAAUGCUCACGUUUAUGGACGCUUUCUCGGGAUACAACCAGAUCAUGAUGCAUCCCGACGAUCGAGAGAAGACGUCGUUCAUAACGGAUCGAGGAACUUACUGCUACAAAGUAAUGCCCUUCGGGCUGAAGAAUGCCGGUGCGACGUACCAGCGACUUGUCAACCGCAUGUUCGCUAAACAGCUCGGUACAACGAUGGAAGUCUACAUCGAUGACAUGCUCGUCAAAUCAGUCCGAGCAAACGACCACCUGGCACACUUAAGGGAGUGUUUCGACAUCCUAAACGCGUACAAGAUGAAGCUAAACCCGGCCAAAUGCACUUUCGGGGUAUCGUCCGGAGAAUUCCUUGGCUACAUAGUGACGCAGCGGGGAAUCGAAGCAAACCCGAAGCAAAUAUCAGCUGUCCUUGAUCUCCCCAGUCCGAGAAACUGCCGAGAAGUCCAACGACUAACAGGCCGAAUCGCAGCGCUUAAUCGUUUCAUCUCCCGAUCCACCGAUAAAUGCCUCCCAUUCUACGAUCUCCUCCGAGGAAACAAGAAAUUCAUUUGGGACGAUAAAUGUGAGGAGGCUUUUAGUCAGCUCAAACAUUACCUGACGACGCCCCCUAUCCUGGCAAAGCCGGACAUAGGCGACGUUUUAUCUCUCUACAUUGCGGUCUCAUCCGCCGCAGUCAGCAGCGUGCUAAUCAAGGAGGACCGAGGAGAACAACGACCUGUUUUCUACAUGAGCAGGAGGAUGACCGGACCAGAAACCCGGUAUCCGACACUUGAAAAGAUGGCCCUGGCCGUCGUCGAAUCAGCGAGGAAACUCCGCCCAUAUUUCCAAUCACAUUCGGUAGAAGUUCUCACCGACCAGCCGCUCAGAACUGUCCUGCAAAACACGAACAGAGCCGGCCGUCUUACCAAAUGGGCGAUCGAACUCGGAGAACUCGACAUCACCUAUAAGUGCAGAACCGCUGCUAAGGCCCAAGUCCUCGCCGAUUUUCUCGUGGAGCUAUCUCCGGAACUCGCUCAAGAUUUGGAAACCUCGGAUUCAACAUGGAUCCUGCAUGUCGACGGUUCCUCGACAAACAAAGGCUCUGGAGCAGGAGUUCAGCUUCAAUCCCCAUCGGGAGAGCUCAUUCGACAGUCGUUCAGCUUCGGUUUCCCAGCGUCAAACAACGAAGCAGAGUAUGAGUCGCUCAUCGCGGGCCUUCGCCUCGCCAAAGCAGUCAAGGCUAAGCGACUCAGUGCAUAUUGCGACUCACAGCUCGUCGCCAGUCAGUUCAGCGGCGAUUACGAUGCGCGCAACGAUAGAAUGGAUGCUUAUCUCCGAGUUGUACAAGCAUUGGCUAAAGAGUUCGAAUUCUUCGAGCUCACCAAGGUUCCUCGUGGAGAAAAUGUCUGUGCGGAUGCGCUAGCAGCACUCGGAAGCAAGCUACGCGAUCAAGUCAAAAGGACUAUUCCAAUUCACCGAAUCGAGAAACCAAGCAUCGACAUCUCAACGGAGUCAGCUAACUUCGUCACCACAGAACUCGAAACAACGCCCUUAUCUGAGACCAACGACGACUCCGAGAUGACAAACCAAGAUCAGCUACUACCCGACUGGAGGACUGAAUUCAUCCAAUACCUCACCACGGGCACACUUCCAACGGAUAAAUGGGCCGCAAGACGAUUAAAGAGGCGCAGCGCGCAUUACGUCGUCAUGGAAGAAGAACUCCACCGAGUAACGGCUAACAAGGUCCUCCUGAAAUGUAUUUUUGCCGAGCAAACGCAGCUAGUAAUGGCGGAGACUCACGAAGGAGCAGGUGGAAACCAUUCUGGAGGUCGGUCACUAGCCCUGAAGAUUCGGAACUUAGGAUUUUUCUGGCCAACUAUGAAUACCGACUGCGAAGCAUAUGCCCGGCGAUGCGACAAAUGUCAACGACACGCUCCGAGUAUCCAUAGUCCAACCGAGUUGUUACGAACAUCCGCAGCCCCUUACCCAUUUAUGCGAUGGGGGAUGGAUAUCAUCGGACCAAUGCCGAAUUCUCGCCAACGCCGCUUCGUGCUAGUAUUGACCGACUACUUCACCAAAUGGAUCGAAGCAGAAGCCUUCGCGCAGGUUACAGAGAAGGAAGUUCGUGGCUUUGUCUGGAAGAACAUCAUCUGUCGCCACGGUCUACCAUACGAGAUCGUGACAGACAACGGAUCACAGUUUAUGGCCGGAAGUUUUAAAGAUUUCUGCAACAAAUGGAACAUCCGACUAAGCCCUUCAACGCCAAGAUAUCCUCAAGGAAACGGACAAGCAGAAUCCUCGAACAAGAUUAUCAUCGACGGAAUCAAGAAGCGCCUUGACCUCAAAAAAGGACAUUGGGCCGAUGAACUUGACGGCGUGCUCUGGUCGCACCGGACAACCCCCCGAGGAGCGACAAAAUGUACUCCUUUUUCACUCGCUUACGGGAUGGAGGCAAUGGCUCCAGCCGAGGUCAACGUAACAAGUCUCCGCCGGUCCAAGAUGCCUCAGCAUGUCGAGCUUAAUCAAGAGAUGCUGCUAGAUGCCCUAGAUGGGCUAGAAGAGAAGCGCGACCAAGCCUUACUUCGAAUCCAAAACUACCAAAACCAAAUCGAGAGUUACUACAACAAAAAGGUCCGAUCGCGUCCUCUCGAGCUCGGCGAUCUGGUUAUGAGAAAAGUCUUUGAGAACACCAAGGAACCCAACGCUGGAAAACUCGGCGCAAAUUGGGAAGGACCGUAUAAGAUCACUCGAGUCGUCAAACCAGGAGUAUAUCGACUCGAAACUUCCCGCGGAGAAGCAGUUCCACGAGCUUGGAACUCCAUGCAUCUUCGUCGCUUCUACUCGUAAAACGAGUACCCUUUCAGAACGAGUAAAAUGAUCUACAUCACCGUUUUACUCGCAAAAAAAAAAAAAAAAAAAAAAAAAAAAAAAAAAAAA